AUGCCACUUCGGUACGCUGUUGUGUGUUCAUCGAAUCAAAAUCGAAGCAUGGAAGCACAUAACUUGAUGAAUAAACGUGGUCUUAUUAAAAACCAAACAUUUACACGUUUGAUACGACCUACGAUUUCAUAUCGAAAUCGUCGAAUUAAAGAGAAGCCCGAACGUUUUCAAGAUUGUCGAGAACGUUUCGACGUGAUUUUUACUGUCGAAGAACGAAUAUUUGAUCAAGUUAUGGAAGAUUUAGAGAAUCGUGAGAAGCGUACGAAUGAAAUUGUGCAUGUCAUUAACAUCGACGUUAUUGAUAAUCCUGAAGAUGCUACAGUUGCAGCAUUUAUGCUAUGUGAGUUGGGUCAAAAGUUGAACGCAACGGAAGAUUUAGAUAAUAGCAUUAAUGAAAUUCUGAUCGAAUUUGAACAGAAGAAUAAGCAAACUAUUUUACACGCUGUUUCGUUUUAUUAA